UACCAAUCAAGUUUCGGCCCAAUUGACUAUGAUGAAAGAACACCUCAACGUUCCAACGUGGCACUCUCCCAUUGGUUCACCUACAAGCAAGUACAAAACCCACACGAACACUACCUGGGAUUCCAAACUCCCAAGUCUCACAGAGUGAAGCAGCCAUGGCGAGAUCUCUAACACUAUGCCUCUGCAGCCUGCUCAUCUUCGGAGCCCUAGCUUUUGCUCAGGCGAAAAAAUCAGACAAGGAUUUGAAAGAAGUGACUCACAAAGUUUACUUUGAUGUUGAGAUCGAUGGGAAACAUGCGGGGCGAGUCGUGAUGGGUCUCUUUGGGAAAGCAGUUCCUAAAACUGUAGAAAAUUUCAGAGCGUUGUGCACAGGGGAGAAAGGUAUUGGAAAGAGUGGGAAGCCUCUUCAUUUUAAAGGAAGCAAAUUCCAUAGGAUCAUCCCUAGCUUCAUGAUUCAAGGUGGUGACUUCACCCUUGGUGAUGGAAGAGGCGGCGAAUCAAUUUAUGGUGAAAAAUUUGCUGAUGAGAACUUCAAGCUCAAGCAUACUGGACCAGGUCUUUUGUCCAUGGCCAAUGCUGGUCCCGACACCAAUGGUUCACAGUUCUUCAUUACAACUGUUACAACAAGCUGGUUGGAUGGCCGACACGUUGUCUUCGGUAAAGUGCUCUCCGGGAUGGAUGUAGUUUAUAAGAUGGAAGCAGAAGGCAGGCAAAAUGGAACACCCAAAAGCAAAGUUGUAAUUGCAGACAGUGGUGAACUCCCUCUGUCUUCUGAGUACGUGUAAUAUGCUCACCCUUGUUCCGACUGACUUUAUGAGUUUACAUUUUGGAGCUUUGUUUGCUCGGGUAUUUUCUGGUAGACUUACUAUCUCGUCACUGUAAUGAACUUCUGACUUCCUCUUUGUUUUUAAGUCGGCGUCUCCUCUCAGAAUAGAAUAUUCCCCUACCUCCCUGAUCGAAACCAGCAUUACAGUUUUAUUAUGAAAUUUGAGUUUUUUUUUUUUGAAGAGUGAAGGCUAGAUUAAGGCUGUAACCGAUGGAUCAAAGUGGAAUAAGGUUCUUACCGAACAAAGCCACAGACAAUUUAAGAGGAACCAGGUAGUAAUUGAAAACUUUGUAAUUCCAUUUUUCAAUUGCAGACAGUGGUGAACUCCCUCUGUCUUUCAUCCCUUUCAAGUUUGGAAAGUUGGAUUUUGGUAUCCAUGCAUAAGAUUCAAUAGCUCCAGCCGUUUCAAUUUUGGAAAGUUGGAUUUUGGGAUCAAAUAAAAUCAUGCAUAAGAUUAAAAAGCUUCAUUAAAAAGCUUGGCAGACGUCUCAGAUUCAUCACAAAGAUGAGCCAAUUAAAAUUCGUCGAUUCUGGAGCGACCCCAUCCUCAGUUCCUAACUCUUGUAUGUGGACUGGUUCUACAAUGAAAUGCAGAAUGAGAUGAAUUCGUAAUUUGUGUAGAUGUUAUCCAAGGUAUUCCCUCUUGUUUAAAAGCUCUUUUGCGCUUUUAUGUAUUUUGAAUCUUAGCAUCCACAUCUACCAAGACCUGGCACAAGCUUCGAAGCAAUUGCGCAUAGACAGCUAGGUGCAGCCUGGGACUCGGGAAUUGAGCGUCAAAGGUUUUUGUUUUGAAAUUCUUGCUCUGUGGUAGAACUGAACAAUAAUACACUGAACUUGACAAUUUGUCCUGAAUGUUAUAUUCCUAUAUACUGGCCGUCCCAAUUAGAAGUCCAAGUAGACAAAAGGCAGACCUUAGACUGCGCCUCAAAAAAAGAGAUCAAAAACAAAACUUUGAAAAGGCAGCAGUUUCAUUACUAGCUUCUCUGGCCACAAAACUUUUUACGGAUACAAGAACUUACCAAGUCCUAGCAAUAAUCAAAGAUGGAACAACAAUUUGGAUGGUUUUAAAGAUUACACGAGGAGGCAAAACAUGAACAACCUGACAUGGAUUUAACUAUAAGAAUAAAGAAUUUUCAUCACAGUACCGUAUGUUUCGUUCUUCAGCAAAAAGUGAAUCCCUGAUACUCAAAAAACAGUAGGGACACAGGCUCUAUAGUCUCGACUCUGAGGCAGCCACCGGUAACAUCUCAGAGCAUGAUGAAUGAAUGUAAAGAGUUAAAUUAAACCAUAUAAGGUAACCAACCUCUGAACAAAGUUCUGAAAGGAAAUUUUGGUUUUAUUGGCUAAUUAUGAAGGGAAAUGUUCAACCUUCGUUAAAUCCAUACUGAUUUUUGGGACAAGGGUUAUGUAAUACUAAGAGAUAAUGGAAUCCAUAAACCACUCCUAGUAGAAAGGGUAAGCCAAAUUUCAGGGGAGAUGUUCUUAUCUCCGGUAGCGAAGAGGGCUCUCCUACUAUAAUGGAAGUGAGGUUCAAUAGAGCUGAGGCUAUAUGACGGGUCCUUCCAACAGCUGAGGGCAAUGUGACGCCAUAACAACACAGAAGAAUUGCCUUUCUUUCAUAGCAUAUCAUUCUUGAGAAAUAAGGCUACAUACUAGAAACUCGAUAAAGAAGAAAACAAGAGGAAUAGCAGACAAUAGAAUCGAACUUUAAUACCUUCCUUAAAUCGGUGUCUGCGGGUAUCAAAUCAAUCAAUCAAUGGAGUGACAAAGCAGUUCCCGCAGUCCUCAUCAUCAUUCAUCACACCACAAAAUAGGAAACCAAAAAAAAAAAGACACAAAAUAAGCAUCACAUUUAUUAGUUCAUCAUGAACCUCACAAAUCAAAUAGGAUGUUCAACGGAGUACCAAUUCUUAUCGAGAAACAACACCACCUCGGCAAUACUUUCCGGCAACAACCUAACUAAAAAACAGAGACACAAUAAAACAACUAACGAGAAGACAUCAGAAUACGCAUAAGCAGGACAAAUCGAACACAUGACAUAAGAGCUUGGAAAAGCUUAUUUUAAUCAAUUCACCCACGGAAGGAAAGGAAGAGUCAUCGAAAAUUACUGAAUGUUUUAGCUGAAUUUGGAAUCUGUUCCACCACCGUGGCCGGCUCUGGCGCCAAGCUAACUGUUGCUAGUGCUGGUGCUAGCGCCUCCGUUUUUCGCGCUUAUGCUAGCAGAUCGCCGGUCCUGAACGAUGCCGGAGAAAUUCACGGCGAGAUCAGAAUAAAUCCCCAUGACUUUAGAAAUAUUACCAUUAAUCUCGCGAAUUAGGGCAACGUUCUGGACCAGAUUAUCAGGAACCUUGGACCGGUGAUUAUCAUUCACCUGAUUAAUCAGAGCUCUGUUCUGAUCCAGCACCGAUUGUGCAUCCUUGAAGCUCCUGCUCAAUGUCUCCCAUGCCUGAGGAUCGCAUUCCUCGUCUUCGUCGUCGUCGUCGUCGUGGUCGGCCGCAGCUUCUCCGCCGCCGUUCUUGCUCUUCCGUUUGUUGGUGCCGCGGGAGAGCUGGUAGCGUUUAGUUAGGGUUCUUGAGGCGUCUUCCGCCAUUCUUCCAGUCCACUCUGUCCGAAUUCACGGUAUCAAUCCGACGGAGAAAUAACGAAGUAAAAUGAAAAUGAUGGGUUUUAUAGUGGUGGAGAAAU